UGUGUAUCGGCUGCUGAGCUAACAGCUGCACCAAUUGUGUUUUGGUUUUGUUGUGUCUCCCAUGUGCACUUAUUUGGAGCUCUGGAGGCGAAUCUCUGCCUUGAAAUUGCAUCUCACUGUAUGACAGCUGGACGUUUCGAUGUAGCUCCUAGUCUGCUCCAGGUGUUCUUACACCCUGUAUUUAUAUAUAUAUGUUUCCAGUAACAUAUUAUAAUAAAUUAAAAUGAUAGAAAUGGAUUCAAGGGGCUGCAGCUAGCCAUAACAGUAUCUGGACUCCAUGCUCCACUUAGACAACAAUGUCUUGAUUCAAAUGAAUAUUACUGUUAAAAAUCAGUAUUUAAGGACACUUUAACUCAGUAUUUCCUCAGAAAUGUGUGUGUGGGGCAGCUGUAAACAAAGCAGGUUAGUUAUUAGCAGAUACAUCAUAUUUAAGAGUUGUUAUGUCUUUGGCAGUAGGGUCAGUUACACCAUGAACUAUUGUUAAUGGGGCAGCAGCUGCCAGUAUCAGAAUUGGCCCGCCAGUCAGUUCUGCUGUAAAUCAGGUCUGACCCAUGACUGAGUACUACGAGGAGGGGGGGCUGCUGUACGAGCAAUCACCUCCCAUGCACAUCAAAGUGGAGUCUCCGGAGGGACCCUUUGGAGGGGGAGCCUCAGAAAACGGCUUCCCCAGGGAGGAUGAGGACUCGGAGGGCAGCUGUGACCAGAGCAGUGGAUUACCUGGCGGACUCCCCUUCAACGUGGUAGUGGUGCAUCCCAACAUCAUGGCACCUGGAAUGUCCUCAGAUGAACUCUUGUCCAUUGAACAAAACAGAGUUAUGUCGGCUGCACUGGCUGCUGGCGGUGCAGGAAAAAGAAAGAGUCGUUUCAGUGGAGCAGAACUGGAGGUGUUGGUGUCGGAAGUCACUCGGUGUGAAGGAGAGCUUUUUGGUCCUGCUGGGAGGCUUCGGCGGCGGGAAAGAGAGCGCAUCUGGGCAGGUAUCCUGGAAAGAGUCAACGCCGUGUCCAGAGUCCCACGCACCCUUCGUGAGGUGAAAAAGCGCUGGGAUGACCUGAAAAGACGCAACGGAGGCAGGCUAGCGGAUGCUCGCCACCGCAGCUGUUACCUGCCAUCCAGCAGAGGAGCCUCGAUGCUUGGUCGUCCUUCCCAGACUAGCCCCAGACUUUCACAAGUCAGGCAAAAGCAAAGCACCAGGCCAAAGCCCAGUUUCCCAUGUUUCCCUGACUCUGAUACAGGUGUGGGAUUGGAAGGAUCAGAGAGAGAUGGUUUCGAGAAAGAUGAGGACAAUCCUGAGCAAGACAGAGAGAUGGGAGAAUCUGAGUGUGAACCAGGAGAGAACAGCAUGGAGGAUAAAUUGGGAUUAGGACUAGGUCUGGGCAUAGGACCACCCCCACCAUCAGAACGUUGGCUGCCUCCUUCUCCCCUCUACAGUGCUCCUUUCCUCAAUGGCAGCCCUCAGCCCAGUAGUCCUCAGCCUUCACUUGGAGCACACCAGGGUCCUCUUGAAGCGCCUCUGCGCAGCUCCUGGCUUGAAGAUGAGCUACGAGGGUUAGGGGAAGCAGCAAUUCAACUGGGAAACCGAGUAGAAAAGAGUCUGCAGGAGUUUGGGGACGGUUUCAGGCAGGACAUGAGAACACUUGUCGCUUCGCAAGAGGCGUUAGCAUCCAGUCUACAACAAAACAAUGUCCUCUUGCAAAGGCUGUUAGGAGUGCUUGAGGCCCAGCAACAACCACAGCAACAUCAUGUACAACCAACACACCAAUCGCAAACAUCUCAACAGCACUUACAGCCAAAGCCAGCUCAGCAGCCGCUACAACAAACAGAACCACUGCAGCAGCAGCAACAACAACAACAGAGGAUUGAAACACCACUGCAAACACAACUACAGCAUCAGCAGCAGCCACAUGUAGUACAACAACAGUCACAACAGCACCAAACACAAAUACAGCAGCAGCCAAAAGUUGCUCAGCAUUCAAAUAAUCAGUCUGCUGUAGCUGUGGUUCCUGCACCAUCGUCCCCUGACAUACAUGGCACUUGUCCCUCUGAACCACCCACCAACACGAAUGGAAGUGUGCAAAGGCCACGGCGAGGAAGAGCUGCCGAUCACAGGCGCAGAAGACGGCGCUGAGAAGAAAGCACUUAGAAACUCAAAGUGCACAUCGUGCAUAUUUGGUGUUUCAGAAUGUGACAAGAAAUGAUCCUCUUUUUCUAUUGACACUAUUUCUGUAAAAAUGUUAUUUAGAGUUUUAUCUCUCUCAAAUCAGAACACUUUAGUUGGUCUUCAGAGAGGACUGAAGUGGAUAAGAAAAUUAGACACAUAAUAAAAGAUAAUAGGGUGGCCUUAAUAUUAGCUUGGUUCCUCAGACAAACGCUAAAAGACUUCCUGCUUUGUGGAGUGACAACUUCACUCAUGGGGCCUUUAAUACCCAGACAACAACAUACUGUAGGUGCUGAUGUUCAAUAUGCAUGUCACUGUACAUGCCAUGCAGGGCGAACUGCAAAGUUAAGGAUGUUCUUACUAGUUCAGCACUGUCUCAAUUCUCCUGAUUAACGAACUACAUUGUCAUCAAGUACUCAUUAUCUGCAGUUGUUACCAUAUAUGGUAGUUAUACAGCUAUUGCAAUUACCUGCUAAUGUAUGCUUGUGCUUUUUAACAAUUUCAUGAAAAAGUGUUUUCCUGCUUUGGUUGGACAAUAAAGUUAGACUGUGUUCUGUUCAGUGUGUUUUAAGACAACCGUGUUCCAUUUUUAAAGUCUUGCCAGUUUUUGAUGAAAAACAAGUAAAACCUUCUGGCAUAAAGAUCACAGUGGGCAUCAGACUUUAAUUCAUGUGUUUAUGAAAUUUAAAAGCAUACAUAAGUAUGUAGGGGCUAUUUAUUCUAAUAUUGCAUGCAGUAUGAUGAAUGUGUUUGUAGAUAGUUGCAAAGAAACAGCCUAUGGCCAUCAUCUACGUAGUUUUGCACAAUCUAUAUUUUGUAGAUAGCGACUGUUCUGAUGAAAUGUAACUAAACUUUAAUAAAAUUCAGACAUGCACUGCAAAUAAAA